AUGCGCCCGAUUUUGUUGAUUCUUGCACUCGUUUUAUUGCCGACAAUUGAAACAGCAAAGAAAAGGCCCAAAUUCCCGCACAAAGGCUUCGGAGUGGAGUAUUGCUUGAUCCCAAAGGCCGGAAGUGUCGUCACUCGCGCGAUUCUUUGUGAUGUCCUCAAAGAGUACAAGAAUGUCACGUACACACCUAAACUCGGGGCAAUCACCUGUGAUGCAAAUCACGACUAUCCGAAUGGAUGGCCGAAAUGGGUACGGUCUCGGAAAAAUAUCAUUUUCGCGGUCGUCCGCGAUCCGCUUGAGCGCUUUGUUUCCACAUACGAGUUCUUGUGCAAAUUCGCCAAAAUGUGUGCAACAAAAGUCAAAAACAUUCAUCAGUUUGCCAGUUGGGUGCAUCGUUUGCAAACGCUCGACUUUGCCGGUCGGAGACCUCGAUCGAGAAAUCUGGACGAGAUUGUGUGGCAUUCGUGGCCACAAACGAAG